AUGACCAAAUUCAAGCGCAAUGCACAAUCGCAACCAAAGCAUGGGAAACCGACGGCCAGCGGUGCAUCCAAGGCACCAGUUGCACCACCAGUUCGCCGUCCGGGAUGGACUGGACCAAGCUAUAUACACAAACCCACCAAAAAGACGCCUGCAGCAGUGAAGAAUACUAGCUCGACAGAACAGAUCCAAAGUCUAUCUGUUAAACAUUCACAACUCAUUCUUGACACAAUCAGAACUACAUUUCCUGCCGUCGACGAAUUCAAUGCAUUGAUACCAGUGUUACGCGAGGUCAGGGAAGCCCUUGAGCAAAAGGACUACUGCAAAGCAUUUGGGACCCAAGAGUUCUUGGAGGCAUAUACAAUCCGUUGGAGCCCUAGUAGAUCUCUGACAAGUGCAAAUGUGCUGGCUUGGAUUUGCAGUGAGAUGACCGAGGCUGCAUGGGUUCAAAAGUUCCUUCACAAUGAAGGGCAGCAGAAGCCAUCCAAGAUCGUAUGCUUUGGGCGAGGAGGAUCUGACUUGUUAGCGUGCGUGGCAUUGCUAAAGCACUCUCAUGAAAGCAAACUCGACGAAAUCCCCCGGCUAGAGUCAUCCUCUCCUGAUUGCAACGACAGUGCUAUGGUUGAUCUCAACCUCAUUGAUCAGCACGAUUGGUCAGGGAUUGUCACAAAACUACAGCAUACUCUCACACAUUCUCCUCCUCUUUCUAAAUAUGCCACAGCCAAGGCGCACGCUUCAAAUAUCUCCGCUAUCCCAUCUCACGUCUUAAAUCUAUCAGUCAACCACCUCGACGUCCUCGAAAGCGACAGUACAACUCUACGUGCGAUGAUUGGGCCCAAUCCGGCACUAAUUACUCUCUUCUUUACACUCCACGAAUUCUACUCAAUCUCAAUAUCGAAAACCACAGCUUUCUUAUUGAGACUGACUGAGACAGCUCCUAAAGGAAGUCUAUUGCUUGUUGUAGAUAGCCCUGGAGCUGAUGUCGUGCUAUCUGAUAGUAGCAACAAAGGACAAGAAAAGAAAUACCCACUUAAGUGGUUGCUUUACCAAGCUCUGCUACCGCCUAAGAGCAGUAGCACAAAUUCAGAGGAGGAGGAACAACCAGCAUGGGCGAAACUUAUAUAAGGUGGCCAUGAAAAGGAGUGUAAGUUACCUACAGGACUGAGAUUUCCAGGAAGUCUUGAGAAUACCAGAUUCCAAGUGCACCUACUGGAGCGUUUAUAA